AUGUGACAUCGAAGGACAGGCUAAGAGAUGUUUCGCAUCUAAACAAAAAAGUUCCUGAAUCCCGGUUGCAAACAUAAUCUAUUCUAUCCUUGGAACAAGACAAAUUACCACGAAUUCCAUAUAAAUGCAAUACAACACUUUGCUGAGCCAGGCUCCAACGCAUGCGCAUAUGGUUGACAGAGCCUAACGUAUACUGUCGGCAAUCUACGGAGUUGACACUGCUUGUAGUUAGACCUGCAAGACGCUGGAUUUACAAGUGGGUGUUUGGACGAAAGGCCUCAUCCAUUGCAGUGUCCCUACAGGCUAUUGAAACCAGCUGACUUGCUGAGGGAAAUGUACAAGCUUCACAUGCAACAGAGAGACUGGCAAUCUUGCUAUUGUGUUGGAGGACGAUUAUUGUAACCACAGCGUUCAGCUAGAGAGGAGAGCUAAACCUGUCUAUUCUCUUGUGAGUGACAUGUAUAUGAUGUGUGGAAGAAGAGGUAACGACAUCUACCCUCGUAGAUUUCAUGUGGAGUCCUUGGGGGCAGUUAUCCCUUUAGGAUCGUCGAUUUCGAUGGUGCAUUGAUGGAGGCGGGAGAUGUGGAGGAUCUUCUUCUGGAAUAUUUACUCAUUUCAUCCGUGACAUGUUGAAUAUGCGUCAGUUUCGACUUUCGAUUGAAAUGUAUGUAAAUGGAUUGCAAUACGCUAUUGACACUGCAUUGAGGAGAUAUUGAUGUCCGUUGCAUGUGAAUAGAAUAUUUGUCUAUGUAUUGAUGGUUUGCAUUUCGAGUCUGUGGAAGUGAAAGUGGAAGCAUGUGUUGAUGUAAGCACAGAUAGCCAUUGAGAACUGGAGUGGCAUGUCUUGACAGUAGCGAAAUUGACAAGCUGACGUCGUGAAUUGUUAGAUCAUAAUAUUUACAAGGCUAAGGAGUUUUUGUCGUAGACUUGAUGUCUACCAAACGUAUUGACUGCUUCUCUGCAAUCACGUAUUGGAGCAUAUUUCAAUGGUGAUUUUACUGGAGUGUAAAUUUGAACAGAGCACUUCAACUGGAAUAAAUUCCAACAGUUUCUAUCAGAACAUAUUUCAACAGUGUUUGCACUGGAGCAUAAAUUUCAACAGAGGACUUCAACUGGAAUAAAUACCAACAUCUUCUACCAGAACAUAUUUCAAUAGUGUUUCGAUCAGGACAUAUUUCAACAUUGUUUCCACCAGAACAUAUUUCCACAGUGUUUCGAUCAGGACAUAUUUCAACAUUGUUUCCACCAGAACAUAUUUCCACAGUGUUUCCACCAGAACAUAUUUCCACAGUGUUCAGACUGUUGUUUACUUUCAGUAAUGUUGGAAAAACAAGAAACUGGAUGACCAGUUUAUAUUUGUGUGUGGCUGAAAUCAACAUCACCUGUCUGUAAUCCCUGCCCUGACAUCAGUAUUGCAUUUCAUGGUGGUUGAAAUAAACAUCAGUCACAUCUCGAGGAUCUCCUGACAAAUUAAGUUUUAAGAUCAUAGGAUCUAAAGGAUAAUUUCUUCUAUUUGUGUCAUCGCAGAGUACCAAAUUCACAAUGGGACGGAAAGUGAAUUUAACACAUCUUUCCCAGGAAGAAUGUGAACAAGUGUUGGAAGUGAUCCAGAAGGAUUUUGAGUUACGACAGAAGGAGAAGGAACGAUUAAGCAAAAUUGAAGAAGUUGUUCGUAAGGAGGAAAGCAAGGCAACCAUUCUCACUCAGCAAGAUGAAUUCAACAAAAACUGUUGUAUACGCUGUUGUCGUACGUUUGGAUACAUCUUCAACCGAAAGCAGGAGUGCAAAAUGUGUGGGUAUAACGUAUGCAAGUCCUGCAGCCUGUAUGAGGACAAGCUUAAAGGAUACUCAUGUCAACAGUGCAUCAACGAAAGGGAGCUGAAGCUGCAGUCAUGUGAGUGGUUCUACUGCCAUGUAAGCCAGCGCUUCAAGCGGUUCGGCAGCGUAAGGUUGGUGCGAUCUCUGUACAAGAGGAAGGGAGGAAGUCAGUGUAAGUCGAUGCUGCAGCCCACCGAGUUAGAAACAAUCCCAGCUAGUGGAUCUGACAGUGAGAUGGACAGUGGCUAUGACCCGUCCCAGUUCAACUCCCUCCAGCAAUCCCCCGUGAGGAAGCGUCCCCCGCUCAAGGGAGUCUUUGACGUAUAUGAUGAUGAAGAACUGCCAGUCUCAUCAUCACGCUCCCCUGUUUCUGAUAAGCCGGUGUCGCGAGCAGCAUCCUUGGAGACAUUACUUACCUCGACAACAAAGGAUCAACGGCUGCUUCAUUUUGAUUCCAAGAGACCGAGGGAAACAGAGUCCGUCAGAGGGAAACCACGCAAAGAAACAAGAGAUAUCUACCAGGAGGCAUUCGAGAGUGCCCGGAGAGCGGAAGAGAUCAAGUUCAAGACCAAGUUUGAUCAACUGUUGGCGGAGCUAACCGGAGCCCUGGACGAACAAUCUCCCUCCGGCAUCUCCUCCACCUUCGGGAGCACAUCUUAUGGCGAGGCGAUGUUGACAUUUCGCAGUCGGAUGAAGGAGCUCCUCACAGGGUUUUCACAGAGACUGCAACUUGCCUAUGAAAGUUUUGAUAUUCCCCACGAAGGAGAAUCAACUAAUCUUCAGGUUCGACAAAAUGUCUCCAAAAUGGUUGAAGGUCUCUUUGGUGAAUCACUUGAUUUGACAUCGGACGAAGCUGUGUCAGAUCUGUCGUCCCUGUCGGAUGAUUCAGGAGGAGACCAGAACUCAUUUGAGGACCAGAUUGCACAAGCCAUCGUUUCCAAGAUACUAGAGAAUCACAGAAGGGAGGUAAGCGAGAAUCUUGAUCAGCCUGAUGGAAGGUAUUCCUAUGGAGGAUACAAUCAUACUGUGGAAGAAGAUCAGACCAGUGAUAUUGUGAAAGACUUCGAAGAAUUGCGAAGCUUUGUGAAAAAGACACAAGCCCGACCUACGCUAGUGUCACGUGAUAUUGAAGAACAGUUGAGCCCAAUUGAUGAAAAGCCGAUUGAAAAAGUAACAUUGAACAAAGACGAAGCAGCAGAGGACUUCCACAUAAGAUGCUCCAGUGCGGAGAGAUCUCAGAAUUUGAGCAUAUAAACUUUGAUACCUGACGAAAUCGACCCUGACUUGUUGUCGAUGAAUCUCGCAAUCAUUCCGGAGGAGACGGAGGAGGAGCUGGAGGAUGAAGCUAACGAUGCAGAUAAGCCGGGACGUGAGAACUGGAUCUUCAAGGGAAUGGUCUCUCCUUAUGACAACCUUGGUAAUCGUCGGGUUGGUAAUGAUGAAGGGAAGCCACUCUACAUGAUGGUUCCCCAGCCAGAGGAUGACUUUGUGCCGAAGGUUGGAAACAGGGAUGCUGACCAGCUCUCAGAUCUCUCAGACACAGAUGCUCAGGGACAUAGUGCUGAAGACUUGAGUGAUGAUGAAAACACAUUUUACGCAAAAACCUCUGAGGAACUUGCUAGAAUAUCUCGGAAACACUCCACAACUUCCGCACAAACAGACUCAGAUGCGGACUCGGGGGUUAACUCUAAAAUCUUAACUGGUGCUCUUCGGACUGAGUCGGGCCCAAUUCUGGGACGCAAUAAUGGAGGGUUGGGGACAGCAGUACAAGGUACUGAGUCUAAAGCUGAACCGGAACCUCUGAAACUAACAGAGGAAUUUGUUCCUGCUGAAGGAGAUGAUCCAACGUUUAUUCUGCCGCCAGAGAGUGUUACCAUUGCAGAAGGCGAGCCUCUGAAAAUAUCGUGUAGAGUUGGUGGAACUUCGGCUAUUGAUGUGUUCUGGUACCGAGAGAACAAAGAAGUUGAGGAACUCGAGGACUCUGAGGACGUUGAGGUCACCAGUGAUGGGGACAAGCACACCAUCACCCUGUUCAACCUGACCAAGGACAAGGCUGGCCAGUACAUGUGUAUAGCCCUGAGUGACCAGGGAAAGUGCACCCAGUACUUCAUAGUCACCAUCACAGAUAACAAGCAAGAGCUCAAGAAGCCGGAGUUCAUCAAGGACAUCAAAGACGUUGAGGUCAAGGAGGGUCAGAGUGUAAAGUUUAGGUGCAAGGUCAAAGGUUACCCUCAGCCCAGGGUCACCUGGUACAAAGAUGGAAAAUUGCUGAAGAACAGCAAAUUUUGCAGACUAGAAAAAUUUGGGAACCGUGAUUACAUUUUGACGAUCGACAAUGCCACCCUUGAUGAUGAUGCGGAGUACACAGUUGUUGCCAAAAACAUUGCAGGAGAUGUUAAGUCUACAGCUGAAGUUAUUGUGGAUUCGGAUCAUUUGGAUUCAAUACAACCGACAGGGAGCCAGGUGGUUUCAUCAACACCCUCCGUCCAGCAGAGGAAGAAUGAACAGAAUCUGACCAACCUGAGUGACAAGGUGUUAACUGCUCGUACUGACAUCACUUCCACAGCAGAGAAGAUGCUGGGUACUGCCGAGGAGCUGUCAUUCCUUAAUGACAAUCUGGAUAUCAUGGACAAGGAGCUCACUGACCUGGAGGGGAAGAUUGAUGAAGAAAAUAACAACCUUAGUCUUGACGACCGCCUUGGUGACACAUCAGGUCUUGAAGCUAUAGAGGAUUAUAGGGCAAGGGAGAAAGCAGCCAAAAAUGUUCGCAUGUUGACGUCAUCCGCUUUGAAUGUUUUACGCACAGCGGAGGAAAUAAUUCAGAAUGAAAGAGAGACAUCGAGUGACGAUUUCAUGACAAGUACUCCCCGCUUUGGGGAUACGCUGAAGACGGACACGAGGAACAACAACGCCAAUGACGACAUGUCAACAGCGUCCACUGACUCCUUCAUGUUUUUGAACAGCUUUGAUGAUUCAGGGAAAAAUAAUGGUGCUACCUCAAAUGACACUCAGGACGUUAGUGAUCGGCAAAAUCGAUUCAAGAAUGUGAAAGAAUUCUCGUUUGGUGAGACUGAAUCGGACAUGUCGGGUUUUCUAGGUAAGAAGAAUGAUUCGCCGAGUGGACAUCGAGAACGAUCCCUCUCACCAACAAGUGUGAAAUUCAACUUGCCUGCUGAACCAUGUGAUCAGUCUAAUGACCCUGUUAAGGAAGAAAAAGUCAACUUUGGGUCCAAAGGUGUGGAUGAUAGUCGUUAUGGCAGAGAUUACGAGUUGAAAUCAAGUGGGAAGAAAAAGUGGGAGGUGAAAACGGAUUUUUACUCCCCACAGGCUGAAAUUGUUAACAGAAAAGAAACAGUUGAAAAUGCGGAAGAACAGAUUUACAUGGCGGCUGGGAAAGUUUACAGCCUUGAGGAUCGGGUACGUGACCUUGAGUCUAGAGUGACCUCUGGCAAAGGUCAGAUGUCAGAUCUGGAAGAUGAAGUGGCAAAGGCUGUUGCACAAGUUGCUCAGAGUGAACGACAGGUUGGCACCAUUGAGCAGACAGUGAAUCGUCUUCAUGAUUCAUCAGAGUCAUCGCUCUCUCCAAGAGCAGACAGCCAGCUGUCUUCUCCGAGACUGUCCAUUGACUCAGGUGUAUCCUCCAUCCGAGAGCGUCCUCCGCCAACAGUCCUGGUUGGACACACCUGUGAGGACGAGGUUCCAGAAAGCCGAGGAGAAUUUGAUGCCGAUUCUGGGAUUGAGCUUCCAUCAGUUAAUCGCCUACGGGCCAUGUUCUCGAAACCAAAAGAAGAGGACUUUGGAGACGGAUCCUUCCAACGGCGUGAAUCUGCUAACGUGAUUCACAGCAUCACUGUGCGACAUGUCCCUAAAGAACAGUUGGAAAGACUAAGAAGAACAGAGCUUGGAUCUCCAGGGUCACCUCGGUUGGAUGAUCAAAGCUUUGACUACUCCCCUGACCAAACUCUUCUUGAAACCAGCUCCUCCUCAAUGAACUUCACAUUUGGAGCGCUAAAACCUGAAACACAUAAAGCCAAUAAAAUAGUCAGCCUUCCUUCAGCUUCCCAUUCUGCCAGAACUCCAGAUCCUACUCUACCAGCCACAUACAAAGAUUUGGAACCAGGAAAAGAACCCGUUUUGAUCUUCCCUGAACCAUCCUCUUCCGCUUCCUCCCCAAACAUUUCCCAUUCUAGCAUCACCAUGACUGCACAGUCACAGCAUCCUGGUCCAGCCUUUUCCUUCACUCCUGACUCUGCCAGUCCUCGUGCAUCAUCAGCUCAUAGAACUGGAGUCAGAAGUGCAACUCCAGUGCCCCGAAAAGCAGAUCAAGAACAGGAGCUUGUGGUCUUGAGAGCCACUUCACCAGGACCGGACACCUCUGCCACUGAAAGACCAAAGACUCCAAAAAUCCGCAGUGGUGCCAUAUCAGCCAGAGCAGCAUUCUGGGAAAAGAGAAUCCUUUUCGGGAGUACUUCAGAUGAAACUGUUUCUGAAGAAUUUCCCGAGAUGGUGCAUGAAGCUGACUGUUGAUGAGGCUGGAUGUGCCUGUAGUGGGUUCUCUGUUCAUGGAUCAGAAAAAACUUGUGUUUGGACGGUCAAUACUCCAACUUCAGUUCCAAUUUUGUUUGGAAAAACUAUGACAAUAGGAUUAUAAAAACCAGCAGACAUUCACAUGCCUGGUCAAGAUCACCUCAAAGGUCAUGAAUGGAAAUGGUCUUUCAGUUCUUCUUAAGUGGCUAUCAUAUCAGGGUAUCAGACUGUCUUUGCACAUAAGAACAUCAUGAUGGUACCAUAAAGGUUCAUGAAAUAUUAGUCAUAGUACCAUUUAUGUUCAUGAAAUAUUCGUCAUGAUGGUUUUCAAUUCCAGUUGAUCUGGUGGUAGAUGUACAAUAGAUAUUCAUUACAAACAUCAAUGCUUUAUGGAUUUUUCUAGUUUGACAGACAUCUUUUAAUCAUUUUCACUCAUGACAUACAGUUGUUACUCUUAAUUUAAAGUUGAUGUCAGUACUUUUUGAAAAUAUUCUUGUGCAAUUAAGAAUGGAAAGAUCUGAGGUUUUACAUUUUUGUCUUGCUGCAAUGUGUUCGUGGGUCUACAGAAAAUGUUUCUGUUACAUCAUAUCUCAGCUUACAAAUUACAUUGAUUGUAACUAUUAUAUCAAUGACAUUCCAUUUGUGACUUUGUCAUUACUUUAAUUGGAAUUUUCAAAGUCUCAAUCUAUGUGGCUUUGGUGAUAUCUGUGUGUGUAUAGAUGCUUUUGCAUUUUAAGUGUAUAUACUCAAAUUAAUCAAAAAUCAAAAUAUUUUUAUACAAUAUUAAUUGUGUGAUACAUGGCAUACGAAGGAAAAAUGAAUAGUGUUCAGCUGGAAUUAAUUUGUAAUUUGGUGAUGAUGGCAAAAAAGAUUUAAAAUGUGCAUAGAAAUUUUGGUUUCACAUUAAAAUCAAACAUUUGCAUAAAAGCAUUUUACUUCAGCCAAGGCAAAUUUUCAUACGGAAACCAGUAUUCCAGUAAAAAUAAGAUUUGCUUGCAACUUGACACUUGCCCAUAGCAUUUAUACAAGGAUUAUUGCAUGAGGACAAUAUGCACUUUAGGGCCUAAGGCAUAAAUAUUUCAAUUAUUUGAAUUAUGUAUGGCCUUGUCACUUUAAUGAGAAUUUAAAUAAAGAUUUAGCAGGGAGUUGGGUCAAAUAACGUUUUCCACAUUGUCAUUUUCACUUUAUUCUCAACCAGUUGCUUCAGCUAAAUACUUCACUCUCAUCACCAAAAUGUGAAUAUGUAUGAUACUGAUAAAUCUUGAUAUAGGCAGAGUUAAUUUAUAACUUGAUUUGUGGUCUUAUUUUAGCCUUAAGUCUUCAGGUAUUCUGAUACCUGGAAUUACGCAGUUCUUGCAUGUGAAUUAAUGUUUAGUUUUAUGUUAUGCCAAUUUUACGAAUCUGUGAUGAUUUUCCGUUAUGAAAAUGGAUUCACCACAUAAGGUGGCAAGUCAUUUGUUCAGCAUUAAACUGUGAAUAGUCGCUGAAUAGUCAGUCUAGAGCAUUGAGAGUUGGAAUACUGUUCCUUGCUCAUCACCUACUCUAUGUUGAAAAUUAAGUGCUAUGUCUGAAAUAAUUUUAAGAAAGUUUCAGCACACCGUGAAAGUGGUCAAGUGGGUGAUAGCAAAGAUUACUUUCAAUUUGUAAAUGCAAGAUAAACUGUUUUUAGGCAUAUUAAUAAGGCAAAAUGUGAAUUUCUAAACAUUAUUUAUGCUGUUUUUUCCACAUGAUAAUUUAUAAGAAUACGUUUUAUGAAUUACUGUUUUGAGACUCUACUAAAGAGAAUUAGAAAAUUUGAACUUAAUUUAUUAAAAAAAAUACAAUUUCAAAUUCAAUUCUGGAAAAGUCAGUUAUAGUAUUGAUCAGUAUAGAUGUUGCCAGUCACGAGUCUGGGCACUGUUGUACAAAACAACCUUACGCUUAGCGCUAAGCCAGUCGUAAGUCUAUGUUCAGGUAUAGGAGUUACGAUGACCUUAGCCCUAAGAUCUCUUUGUAAUUGAUACCCUGGCUAGCAAUUCUCGAAAUGUUCAUAGACCCUACAAACCUCUUAAGCCCAUUCUUAACACAUUGGCUACGAUCAAAGUUACGAAUUCUUAGGGCUACGAACAUUUCGAGAAUAAGGGCCCUGGUCUAUAUGACUGAACCAUUACUAAUGUGAUGGUGGCUUUAAAUUCUCAAACAAUUAGGUAGUUACCUCAUACAGAUAUACACGAUAAAGUUGUUCCUUGUACAUCUGUUUGUAUUGAGGGCUAUGACCGGAUUAUAACAGAUGAUAAUUAUCUCCCCUUGUCAUUCCAUAGGUGAUUUAUAUUAAAUUCAAUUGUUUUUAAUGGUAAACUGUUUUCUAUUAAUGUGUAUGUACAUAAUCGUAGUUAAUGUUCACAAGAAAUACAUUCGACAACCUACCCGUAACAUUAAAAGAAGAAAAGCAUUAUUAUUAAGAACUCAAGAUUUUACAGUUGUUAAUCCCAUAUGAUCAGAAGUAAAAAGAUGUAACAGUUACGUUUGAUACAUCAUUACCCCGUACAUAAAGAUACUAUGUAAUGUAUGCCUAGCUGUUCGUAAAUACAUCUAACGUCCCAGUAAUGAGAACUGCCGUAUAGUCAUGCUUGGUCAGAUGGGAAGGUAUACCUGCUUGUGCAAUAAAUGUACGACUCCAGUAUAUAUGGCCCAAAUGGACAAAAAUCUCAGAACUGUACCUGUUAAUUUUCCUUUCUGACAAAAUUAUGCCCUGACACAUUGUGAAAAUACAAUAAAUGUAAUACAGUGUUGUAGUGAGUGAGUAUGGUUUUAUGCCGCUUUUAGCAAUAUUCCAGCAACAUCACGGCGGGGGACACCAGAAAUUGGCUUCACACAAUGUGCCCAUGUGGGGAAUCGAACCCGGGUCUUCGGCGUGACGAGCAAACACCUUAACCUUUAGGCUACCCCACCGACCCAGUGUUGUAGUGUUAUGCCCAUGUAGUAUUCAUUAAAACGUUUCAGUUGGGGAUCUAUUUCAUUCUGAGAAAAUCUGAGGUCCCCCGGAGAAAAUGCUAUAGACAGUCCCAUAAGAACAGAUAUAAUGUGUGAAGCCCAUAUCUGUUGUCCCAAGCUGUGAUAUUGUUGGAAAACUGCUAAAAGCAGCAUAAAACUAAACUCACCCAUCACCUCACCUUAGGAACCAAAAAGGAAUCAGUUUGUUUUUGAUGAAGACAACAUGACAAAUGCCCACAUUUUCCCGUGAAAUGUUUCAGAGUUUCACUUUGGGAUUGUCCUUUUACCCAAUAAAAUCAGAGGUGCCCCCAACCCUGUCAAAGAAUAUGAAAUAUGAAAUAUACUGCUCCUUAGGAACAAAGUAGAAUCAGUAUGUUUUAGACUUGGGUCAUGUGACAAAUUCCCAUUAUACUUUUUCCUGAAAUCUGACAAAUACCCACAUUUCUCCCUGAAAUGUUUCACUGUUUAACUUGGGGAUUGUCUUUUUUCCGGACAAAAUCAGAGAUUCCAACCACCCUGUCAAAGAAUAUGAAAAAAGUUCCUAAGGAAGAAAAGUAGAAGCAAUAUGUUUUAGACUGGGGUCAUAUGACAAAAUCAAUGGCACCCCCACCCUGUCAAAGAAUUAAGAUAAGACAGCACCUUUGGAAAGGGGAAUCUUGGGUUCAUAGAACUUUGCAUAUUUUCCAGAUAUCUGACAUAGGUAAUAGAAUUGUGCCUAAAAGUCAUAGAACAACAUCAAAUCAUUUCUUUAAAAUCACUCGUACAUUCCUAACAUUGUAUUUUCACUUUGUGUUAGUGUAAAUGUGAUAAAUAUUCAAAACAUGUUAUAAAACCUUAAUCUGUUUUCAGUGUUCAACUCAUUUUCAUGUUAAUUAUAUUCAGUUAAAUAACCUGUUUUAAUAUCUUACUGUUUAAAGGUAUAUAAAGUCAUUAGAAUGUAAUUUGGUUAAUCUUAUAAUGUAAUAUUUGACUUAUGAAAGAUGUCUAGAUGUACCUAUCUUUAACAUGUAUCUGUUAUUGUUCUCAGUGUAAUAUAAUAUCUCAAAUUAAUCUGUCUCAUAGAUAUUAUUUAUUAAUAAACUUUUAAAGGUCUAGUAGGCAAGAAUAUACCAUUUCAUCUUUCAUUGAAAUAUCAGACAAGUAAUGGAUGAAAUGUAUCAGUUUGUGAAAAUGGUUGUGGUGAAAGUAUAUCACUAAUCUUUCAUCAUCAUAAUGAAAUAUGGGAAUCUGCAUUAAGAACAUAUUUAUUUUGAAUAUACAGCAAAGCUAAGUCGUACAGGAAGGAUACUCACCUCUCAACGCCAGAAGGAUAUUAAUGGUUGUAAAUAAAAACAUUGUUUUAUACAUUGUAUAUAUACACGAAUCAUGUAUUUCCUAUUAUUCUAUGUAUUUUUAUGUUAUUGAUGCAGAGCUGUAAAGUUCUACAGAAAUAAAAUAAACAUGUUACCAACAAA